CGCCGGUCGACACGAUGAAGACCCUCUUCGUUUCGUUUGCUCUGUGCGCCAUCGUUGCUGCGGCACCUCUUUCUCGUGAGCGACGAGAAGCUCUCUUGGGCGGUCACGGAUAUUACGGUGGUGGCCAUGGAGCUUACGGUGCUCACGGGGCUUACGGAGCUUACGGGGGUAUAGGCUACGGCGGGCAUGGAGUCGCUGUUACUGGACCGUUCCUUGGGGCGGCGAGUGUCGCGGGUCCACACGUGGGUGCCACCGCUGUUUCCGGUCCGGCGAUAGGCCCGGCUCGUUUGGCCGGAUCGAUGGCCGGUCCUACUCACGUGUCGGGCGCCGUUGCUGGACCAGCUGUUGUGACCGCGUCGGUCGCUGGUCCGGCGCACGUGGAAGGCUACGGUGGUCCGUACGACGGUGGCUAUGGAGAUGGCUACGGAGGUAGCUAUGGAGGUGCCUAUGGCGGUAAUUAUGGCGGUUACGGAUACGCGGCUGCUCCUGCUUACGGCUAUGCGGGAUACGCCGGCGGUCACGGAGGACACGGAGUGGUUGUUGCCGGACCGGCUACCCACGGUGCAGUUCUGGCUGGACCUCAUUCCGGAAGCGCGGCUGUUUCUGGACCGCACGCCGGUUCGGUGGUGAUUGCCGGCCCUUCCGGAAAGAUUACGGCCCACGGAAGCGGUUACGGUGCCGCUAUCCAUGCCGGCCACGGCCACGGCCACUGGUAACGCGCGCACAGCCGUCUGCGAAACGCAAAAAAAAAGAGGGAAAAAUCUCUCUGAAUCAUCUCGUCGGAUCGAAAAUAUAAUACCGUUCCCUCCCGUGAUUUUCUAAGAGAGAUUGAAGAAGUAUUACGGAGAUCUAAAAUUGCUGUAACACGACGACGCUCGUCGCGCUCGGUGCUCUCGGUUCAUGGCGCGCGCAUAUUUUCAUUGUUUCUGUACGAAUGGAAUAAAUUCAUUCUUCUUUAUAAAAGAAAGAUAUUUGUGCAAUAUAAAAUAACCCAGAGAGCAUUAUUUAAAUAUGUAUAUACAUAUAAUGUAUUGCUUGGUGCAUCUCAUCAAUUUUGAUCUCUUAUUAAAUUCACACGUAUCUUACCGUAUAUUA